AUUUGAACUUUCUCCAAGCCACGAGGUGCACGGUAGAGGCGAAAGCCAAGUUCUAAAAAAAAAAAACAAAAAUGAAUUCCAAAAUCAUAAUUUUCUUCUGUGUCUGCUUCCUAGUGAUGUCUACAGUCUCAGCAUGGGACCUCUUCAAAGAAAUUGAAGGAGUUGGCCAAAGAGUUCGUGAUGCUGUCAUCAGUGCAGGACCAGCAGUAGACGUUCUAGUGAAAGCUAAACACCUAGCUGGAGGGUCCAGCGAAGAAGAUUAGAAAGUCAUCAUUGUGAAACUACCCUGAUGAGAAUAUUGUUUAAGAAAAUUAUACCAAAUGUUUAAUUGUAUACGGUCGAGUUUUGUACAUAAGCAUAUCAUAUUAGAAUGUAACUGCAUUUAAUAUUUUUUAUGUUCAUUCUUUCAGUAUUUUUAUAUAAAUCAUUUCAUUAAACAUCAUGUAUUAAGCUCAUUUGUGGAUUUUAUUACAUCUAUAACAAUAACUGCCGUUGACAGUCCACUGCUGGAGUACUGUUAGUUGGCUUUCUCCACAUAAAAGUGUUUGCUAAGAAUUUUUAGAGAGCGCUACUGCUCGAUCCCCUAGUCUGCUUUUACGCAGCAAUUCACCGAGGGAAGUAGAAACUAUCGCUGUUUUUCUCCUCUUAUAAUAUUUUCUUGUUCAUUUCGUCGGAAUCGAGAAGUUAUUAGUUGUUCAUGUCCCUGAGACCGGCGCAUCUUCAGUGUUGCGGUGUUUUCAUGGCUGUAUCUAGUGUAGAUCCUGGCUUACAGGAGUUGCUGCGGUUUUGGGAGGUUGUGUCGGGCUUGUCCCAUAAAAUAGUCUACUAUUAUAACACCCAUAGGAAGAAUAGGAAUGGAAACAAAUGUCUACUCAAUCAGCAGAAAAAUACAUUUCUAACAAAAAAAACUUACCGUUAUCUUGAAACAAAUUUUAAUUAUACCGGAACGCUUACGAUUACAAUUUUCUACUUAUAUAGUUUUACGAUCUUAGGUUUCAGAGCCAAAUAUCAACAAAAUUGGUUCUUGAAAGAACACUCGGUUUCGACGUGUACUGUAUAAUGUUUUAUUACACAACGAUUUUAUUUUUACUGCUAUUAAUGGCAGAUUCAUUAAAUGCACAAGCCAACUAUGUGAAUGCCAGUCACCCGAGACCAUGGAAGGUGUUGUACUAUCCAAAGAAAACUGUUUUCAAAAAAGCUGACCUCAUUGAUAAAGGAUGCGUGGUUUUCCUGAAGAUGUGUCCUAGGUUUUAUAAACGUAAUGUGGUCUGCGCUCGUCACUACGACGGACAAUACAAAACCUUUGAUAACUACUGCGAAAUGGAAUAUGAAAAUUGCAACAGUUGGAGACAAUGGAGUUUGAUCAAACAUACGAGAUGUUAAUAGAAUAAGCGCCGGUUUCAGCACCUCUAUAUAAGUACCUGAUAAACUUAUGUGACAGAUAGUUCAUACAAAUUACGUUCUUAAU